AUGGAUCGAGUGGGGCUCCAGGCGUUCUGCAAGCGGCACGGCCUCUCUGCCAGGGGCUCCAACGCCGAUCUCAUUGCCCAUCUUGACACCGCACUCGGGAUUAUAGGAGUUGAGAAGACCGCUUCUCAACAAGAAAUAAAGAAGGUGUAUCACAAAUUGGCUCUGCGCCUCCACCCAGAUAAGAAUCCUGGGGAUGAGGAAACCAAAGAGAAGUUUCAGCUGUUGCAGAAGGUUAUAUCCAUUCUUGGAGAUGCAGAGAAAAGAGCUUUAUAUGAUGAGACUGGCAUCACUGAUGAUGAUGCACUGGUGGGAGAAGCUGCAAACAAUCUUCAGGAGUACUUCAGAACAAUGUACAAGAAAGUAUGGUUGCUUCUAUAUUAAUUGUAGGCUAAUGUUGUCUAUUAAUUUACAAUGAUAUUUUUUAGGGAAAUACAGUAGCGAGAACUCUGUUGUGGCAUAAAAUUACCUCUGUUGCUCUGUCUCUAAAAGAAUAUCCUUUUGGCUUGUUCAGAUGUAUAGCCAGAGUGACAUUAUUUUGGGGACAGGUUGUAUAUUUUUAUAUAUAAUGGUACUUAAUUUAAUCUUUAUUCCUAGGUCAUGGAGGCUAACAUUGAAGAAUUUGAAGUUAAAUAUAGAGGGUCAGAUUCUGAGAAAAUGGACUUGAAGGAACUCUACACAAAAUAUAAGGGCAACAUGAACAGGAAUAGUUAUCUCUUAUAUCAUAUUGUAAAAUCUGAAACAGUUCUCCUGUAGAUGGUUAGCUUGCAUUUUACGCUACAAUUACCUCAGAUCACUUCUUGUUGUAUCUUACACCAAUUUACGAAAUUUCUUGAUGUGUUUUAUGACAACCUCAUGCGCUGAGAGAUACAUUCGGUCUA